GCGUGUGGGGACGUCGAGCCGCGCUGCGCUCUGACGGCGUGCGUGCAGUGUGUUAUGAAUGACACCCGCUUUAACAGGUUAUGUGACAUUGUGGCAGCGCAGGACACCUCGGCACCAAAGUGACUUACGUGACGUGGCGGAUUCUCUCGGGACGGUUUAAACGCUCCCUGGAGGAGACGCGCGCCGGCUGCCGGUUUUACGCGUGAAGAAGGAGCGCGGCGCAACGUGCUGCUCCGCGAUCUGCGAGAGGUUACCCAACGAGCUGGAUCUGGACUCCACCGAGCGCGAGUGAAAAUCCAGCCCGAUCAGCUGCGAAAGCGACCGAUACGUCUGACUUUUUUUCUUCUUCUUCUUCUUUUUCUUCACACGUCGUCGGAAAUGUGUCGAGCCUGACGCGUCGUCGCUCCUCCGCCUCUCUCGUCGCUCCAAAGUGCCAAACUUCCAGAUAAAGUUCACAGGUGGCCUCCCCGCUGCUGCAGGAUGUACACAAUUACAAAAGGUCCCAGCAAACUGGUCACCCAGAGGCGGACAGGGCCAACUCAGCAGCUCGACAACAAAAUCAACGACUUCAAGCACAAGCAGACGUCCUGGAGCAUUCCUGACCUCCCCGCGCCCAAGAUCGUUUUCAACCGCCUCAACGGCAAGAAGUACCACCACCCAGCUCCGGCUCUCCCCGCAGGCGAGCAGCAGGAGGAGGUCUUCACCCCGGCGCACGAGGAGAACGUCAAAUUUGUCUAUGAGGCCUGGCAGGAGGUGAUGCAGCAGCAGGAGGAGCAGGGACCAGAGGAGGCUCAGGGAGCAGUCCCCUAUAAAGAAACCACUCCCAGCCCACACAUGGACAACUUUGUGCCCAUCGAUCUGGAUGAAUGGUGGGCCCAGCGGUUCCUAGCCAAUAUAGACAAGCUCUCCUGACGCUCUGCUGGGAUUUGUGGAUCUUGACGGACGGUCAGGAGGUGAGACCUGAAGCAGGAUGGCUCACAAGAGGAGAGGACGCCUGGGCAGGAGGUGCUAUGGGUCAAAGUGUGAUUCACAAGGACUGACGGCGCUGGGACGCCAACACAGAAAAAACACAGAGAAUCACUUCAAAUUGAACUCGGCAAUCCAGUCUGCUACAGAUUGGACACUGGAGGGGGACGUCACGAUGUUGAGGCUUCUCUCAUCUUAUUGCCUCCAACAACAGAGAUGUCAUGUUACUUUGAAAUGCAGUAAAAUUGUGUUUUCAAGAA